AUAUAGAUGCUAUUUCAUUGGUUUUGUGUUAAAUAUUGAUCAUUUUAUGAUUCUAUCAACAGUUAUGAUACAGAUCAUGAUCUGGUAUUAUCUUUGGCAUAUCGCUAGUUCGGUAAGGGGUUCAUUUGAAGGUUUUACAUUACAUUUAAUGAAUACAUAAUGAUAUUGCUUAUACAGCAUUAUUGUGUAAUGAAUGUUCGACAUUUAUGUUUUAUUAUAUCUUUAUGUUAUGUAUAAAGACAACAUACUAAACUAAAGUUCAACACGAGCAAAAGUAAAAGAUUAUGUUGUCGUAUUAAAGAAUGAAAAAACACCUGGUAAAUCAACAAUGAAAGCAGAAGCAGCCUUGCCUAAGAGGACCAGAUUUAUUAAUAAUAAAAAUACCUUCAUUAUCAGCGGCAACAACAGCAAUAUUAGAAGUAUUCAACUUGGAGAUAGAUACGGCACAGAUGAAAGCAGUAGUAGUAAUAUGGGUGUAAAACGCAAGUUUAACAGUGACUUGGAAGAAAGAAACAAUAAUAAGAAGCCUAAUAUAUUUGAAGUUGAAGAAGGCAUUAAAGAAAAUAAUUCUAUAUUGGAGAAAUGGGAUAAAUUCCUUGAAAAUAAAGAAAGUUUCCAUCUUUAUAGUCCUGAAUACCAUCGUAUCAUUCGUGGUGAAAAAAUCGUUUCUUCAAAACCUUUCUUGGACAAGGAUCUUUAUAACCAACAUAUAAAUGAGCAUAAAGAUGUAGAAUAUGUCAUUCCUGAGGCAUGCAUGCCAUAUAUUGCUAAUGUAAUCAAGCAAGACGAUUUGGAUAGCUACAGAAAAGCCAUUAGGGCAGUACCAGAAGCAAACAAUGAAGAUGAAAAUGCUCUCUUAUUUAUUGAAAACCUGUUUCAAACCAUGUACAUUUUUCAUACCGCUCACCAAGAUAUCUAUGAGGGCGAAUCUACGUUUAACGGCCUCUUUUUGUAUCCUUUCUUGAAAGCAGUAGCAAGAGCUGUUUCAAAAGAGCUUAAUUCUACCAAGACAGAUUUUUGCGAUGGUGAAGUGUGUCUAGAAUCUAUGUCAAUACAAUUGAAAUCUUUAAACAUGAUGGUCGAUAAUAGAAACAUGUACAAGGCAGAUGGAGUCAUUCGAAUGUAUGGCUUCAAAAGAUUAGAGAUAUCCUUUUCCUCGAGACCUCACAUCAUUUUGUAUCCACUGAUCAGCGAAAAUCCAAAAUUGAUCAUCAUAAAGGCUUGUUUGGCGCUUUGGCCAUGUUAAAGACAAGUGCGGAUGAAUACCAAUAUGGGUCACUUGCUACAUUCAGGAAAAUCAAAUUUUUUUUCUCCAUGCUACUGACAGAACUAUGUAUUUGUGGAGCAUGUCACUUGCACCUGAAGGAUCCAUUUAUGAUCUCUAGCUAGAAGGCUCCCUUGAAAUUAAACCAGAUAUUGGCGACAAGUUAGAAGCAAUUCCUAAACUUUCACCAGUUCUACUGGAAAAUGAAAAAUAUGUUCGAGUCAUCUAGUUCUAACGAAUUUAUGGCCAAUUGUGUGCAAAAUCCUUGCAGAACGCGAUGCCUAUCAUCAUCUCGAAAGCGAUUUACAACAGUAUUAUGACGUUUCUCCUUGUCAGUUCUUUAUCAAGCGGAUCAUUCCUUCUCUCUCAGAAGCAGAAUAAUACUAUUA